AACAAUGAGAUGUAAUACGCGAAAAACUAGAAGAAGAAGAAGUGGUGCAACCGCUUCUUCUGUCCGGCCAAUCCAAUGGGAGCUCGUUUGUCGACAAGAGAAAACAAAUAAAUAUCAACAGUUAAAAAACAUGACUUCGGUUUGCUCAGAGUUCCGAGACUGGAACCUUGAAAACGUAUGUUCGCCUAACGUAUUAAAAGAGGAGAAACAGCUCUGUGCGUCGCUCAGAAGGUUCUACAACCUAUACAGGAGGAAGUCCUUCGCUGCCUUUGUGGCAUCCAAGCAGGAAGCAAGUCCCGAGGUGGUGGGCAGUCCAUCCUGGUGCUGCUGUGGCCACGUGUUUGCUGAGCAAGCUGCUAUUCACCAACACGUUGCCAGAAUGCAUGGCAGUGAAAUUCAACAGCUGGCACGAGCCCAGUACAAUCACUCGCUUAACAAAGGGCAAGAAGAAAAAGACAACGCCAAACCAAACAAUGAAAGCUUGUCCAUGGAGGUCACUGCGUGGAUGCCAGACAUGAGUCACAUUCCCGAGGAUCAGCUCAAGAAAGGCCCCGGCAAAGUUCUGCUUUACUAUCGUUACUGCCACGUGGAGGAGCCGCAUGUUGUCUGCGCUUGGCAGAGAGCUUUAUGCCAGCGCCUCCAUCUAACUGGCAAGGUAAGGGUCGCCACAGAGGGCAUCAACGGAACAGUGGGGGGCACCCGUGUCGCUACUGAGGUUUAUGUGGACGCAAUGUGCUCGCAUCCUCUUUUCCAGAUGGGAAAAGAGGAUUUCAAGACAAGCGAUGGCGGUCCUGAGUGUUUCACCGAGCUGAAGGUGGGUGUCUUUGAGGAAAUCGUCCCGAUCGGAUUAGACCCUGACGUCAUCUCCUACCACCUGGCAGGAGUCCAUCUGGACCCUGAGGAGUUUCACAAAGAGGUGGCGGCUUUAAUGGUCGAAGGGGAUUCGCACGGUGACACAGUCCUGCUGGACUGCCGCAAUUUCUACGAGAGUAAAAUUGGUCAAUUCUCGCGCUGUCUGGCCCCCGACAUCCGCAAGUUCAGCUACUUCCCGGACUACGUGGACAAGAACCUGGAGCUCUUCAGAGACAAGAAGGUGCUCAUGUACUGCACCGGAGGCAUCCGCUGCGAGCGAGGAUCUGCUUACCUCCGCUCUAAAAAUGUGUGCAAAGAAGUUUACCAGCUGAAAGGUGGAAUCCACAAAUACCUGGAACGCUACCCCGACGGCUUUUACCGCGGGAAGCUCUUUGUUUUCGACGAGCGCUACGCCAUUUCCUCCAAUGACGACAUCAUUGCUGGUUGCAGGUACUGCGGACGCCCCUGGGAUCGCUACCAGCUGUGCACUACGCGCUUCUGCUGCCAGCUGGUGCUGUCCUGUCCCACUUGUCGCUCUGAGGGGCACACUGCCUGCUGCCCCGGUUGCCUCACUGGCAGCACGCUGCGCAAAGAGGGGUGUGAGUGUACCGACGGACGUCCCAGGAUCCCUCAGGAUGUGAAUAAUGAUGGCAAGCCACUUCAUUUGGUACUCUAGGUUGAAGACAACACUUUUGGCACUUUUUUUUUUGCCCUCUUCUCCAGCCAAAUGAGGUGACCAGGGUAUUUGGAAUAAGUCUCGUGUGAUGAACUGCACUGCAAACCACAACAACAAACACAUUAUUACAGUCCAUACAGGGUGCAAAUACUUCAUUACUGUUUUUAAGAUGAUAUUUCAGGUACCUGUACUUGGCUUGAGUAUUUAUUUUGCAGAUAACUUUUCGCUUUUACUCUACUUUAAAAACAGAUAUAUAUACCUUCUACUUCUUACUUUAUCAAAAUUGUCUGAUGAUUUUUAAUUUCCUCCGAUAAUAAUACGAUGCAAGGAAAGGAUUAAAGGCAACCGCAUGAUGAAACGGAUUCAGAGAAGCAAAAUAUUCCCCAUUCAUGGCCAAUUUGAAAUAGCUGUUUUUGAAACGCCUCAGGUUCAACCACAACACAAUACGAGGCAUUUAUGAUGAGCUGGAAUCGCAGACACAAGAGGCGAGAUACUAUUCAGGUAUAGAGAGAGAAAACGUGAAGCUUUUGGUAGGUUUUAGUUGCUGUUGGAGUUGUUCAUGAACAUGGUUGUGAAAUAAGUAAUGAAAUAAAUGCAUGCUUUAACCAA